AUGGAGGAUAGAAUGAAGAUAAAAUAACAUUAGGAUUAUUUGGAUAGGUUGUUCCUAAAAUAGUUGAGAAUUUCAGAGCAUUAUGCACAAAAGAAAAAAGAUUAGAUUAUGUAGAAUCUACAUUCCAUAAAAUUGUUCCAAAUUUUAAGAUUAAAAGAGGCGAUUUCAUAAAUGGAAAUUGAACUGCAAGUAUUUGAAUAUAUGGAAGUAAAUUUGAUGAUGAAAGUUUUCAAUUGGAAUAUGAAAUAGGAUCUAUAUCUAUGGCAAUUUUGA